ACCUCUGGUGCUAAUAGUCCACAGGUGUCUAUCAGAAACUUCUGUACAAAAUAAACCGGCAAGUCGUGAAGACUUGGAAAAUUCGGACAUGGGGAUUGUAGAAAGGAUCAAGAAAGAAUGGUUCCUGCUAGGGAUUGUAUUUGUGAUCUCUAUGGCAAAAGUGGAGCCGAGUUUUGGCAUAAAAGGAGGGCCGUUGAAGCCAGAAUAUACUGUGAAAUACUUCGCUGUCUCCUUCAUUUUCUUUAACAGUGGCCUGUCCCUCAAGACAGAGGACUUGACCAGUGCACUGUUCCAGGUGAAGCUGCAUGGAUUUAUCCAGACCUUCACACUUGUGUUCAUCCCCUGUCUCAUCAGGGUACUCAUUAAGGGUCUACAGUACUCACCUAUCAACCCAUGGCUACUCAAAGGACUGAUGGUAGUAGGCUGCAUGCCCCCUCCUGUCUCUUCUGCAGUCAUCCUCACCAAGGCAGUGGGAGGCAAUGAGGCAGCAGCUAUAUUCAACUCAGCAUUAGGCAGUUUUCUGGGUAUAUUUGUCACUCCAGUCCUGCUACUGUUGUUUCUUGGUUCCCCUUCAGCUGUUCCGUACAGCACCAUAUUUGGGCAGCUGACCAUGACCGUGGUGGCGCCUCUCAUUGUCGGACAAGUCGUCAGGAGAUUCGUGAAAGACUGGUUAGAGAGGAGCAAGCCUCCAUUUGGGACCAUAAGCAGCUGCACAUUGUUGCUGAUCAUCUACACAACGUUCUGUGACACCUUCAGUAGUUCAGACAUUGAACUGGACCACUUCAGUCUAGUCUCUAUUGUUUGUGUAGUGUUGUUAAUACAGGUGUGCUUGCUACUUCUACUUUUCUUCGUGACAAGAAGUCCAUCUUUUGGCUUCACCCCGUCAGACGUCGUCAGCCUUAUGUUCUGUGCAACACACAAGUCACUAACUCUAGGCAUUCCCAUGUUGAAGAUAGUGUUUGCUGGUUACGAGCACCUGUCAGUCAUCUCCAUCCCCCUGCUGGUGUACCACCCCACACAGAUCCUGCUAGGGGGGGUACUGGUGUCACCCGUCAGGACCUGGAUGCUCGCUGCUCAGAAAGUAAAAGUAAUCGGAGCGAGCAAAUCAUCUAACACAAACUCCCAUGCUGCCCCAGGAGAGGCAGUAUAACAUCGCCCCCCCCCCCCCUACGCCCCCUCAAAGUCUUCUCCGCACUCCUCUCAUUAGCCAAUAAUGGGAAAUUUUCUACCACACACGAUGGGAUGGAUACUUUUCAAGAGGAGUCAUCAGGAGAAGUCCAUUUUGGCCCAUCUGUACCACUUGUAGCCCGUAUAGAAGAGCCUGUUAGAGACUGGACUCCUCCAAAGGUGGGGAUGCAGUAACCAUGACAACCUGAGCUCAGGAAUUAUCCGAGGAGACAAGAUGUGAAAGUGGUCUGAGGUAUCAGGAUGGAUGUACAAAUGUCAUGAUAUAACGCUGCAGAAUACCUGAAUGUUAACAAAACCUACUAGAUAUAUAAGUAUUAAUUGGGGCCAUUAUCAUCAUGAUCAUGGUAACCUUAUCUUAUUAUAGGGGCAGGUGUGAGGUCAUUACCAUGACAACCCCAGAUCAGGGUCAUUGCCAUGGUAACACCAGACAAGGGGUAGGUGGGAAGCCAUUACCAUGGCAACCCCAGCUCAGGUGCAGGUGUGAGGUUGUUACCAUGGCAACCCCAGUUCAGGAGCAGGUGUGAGGCUGUUGCCAUGGCAACACCAGCUCAGAGGUUGUUGCCAUAGCAUUCCCAGCUCAGGUGCAGGUGAGAGGCUGUUACCAUGGCAACCCCAGCUCAGGUGCAGGUGUGAGGCUGUUACCAUGGCAACCCCAGCUCAGGACCAGGUGUGAGGUUGCUACCAUGGUAACCCCAGCUCAUGGACACCUGUUAGGCUGUUACCAUGGCAACCCAGCUCAGGUGUGAGGUUGUUACCAUGGCAACCCAGCUCAGGUGCAGGUGUGGGGUUGUUGCCAUGGCAACACUAGCUCAGAGGCUAUUGCCAUGGCAACCCCAGCUCAGAGGCAGGUGUUACUAUGGCAACACCAAUACUACAUGUAGUAUGUUAAAAUGAACUUGAAAUUAUUUUCAGGUCCUGGAGAUCAGAUAGGGAACAAUCUUGGAAGGUGAAUGGAAUUUAUGAUUUGAGGUGCAAAUGUUCUAUUUUGUCAAUCGCAAUAUUUGUCGUGUUGACUCUAUUGUGCAAUUAUUUCUUUCUUCAAUUAUUCAUGUCUUUUGGUGAAUAGGGGGAGAAAAUUGUUAUUAGGAAAAUGUUCUCAGUCCUACCCUCUUUAUUUCAAGUGACAUAUCCAUUCUUCUGCAAUCAUUCAACUCUUGAUUAAUAGUUGGCAUUUGAUGCCUGACUAUUUUAAUCAAUUAACUUAUCAUGAGUCCAAUGACCACUUAUUGGCCCAUUCACAUUUUGCGCUUUGACAUUUUUUAUGUAAAGUUUUUGGCUGAAGAAGUCAUUCUCUUUUAAAUCUUGAUAAACCUAAGGCCACAGAAUGGGUUGGUCAAAGAAAAAAAAAGUUCUUCCUGAAAACAUUACCAGCACCAAAAAAUGUCAAUAAGGAACUCAUAAGGACUUAUAAUAAAUAUAUGCACAAAUGUGAACUGGGCCUAUACAUGUACGUCUGAGAGUAUAUCAAAGCCACAAGUUGCAAUUAGAUCCAUUUUUAUUAUCAAUGUCAAUUUGUUGCAUUAUAGGAUAAUGUAAUAAGUACAUAUGAAUGUAACAAAGGGUCCAAACUUUGUACAUCCCUGAAAAUACAUAAUGUAAUUCCUGUAUCAGGAUAAGAAAUAUUCAUUAUGAUAAGAAUAAUUAGAUGAUAGAGGGUGUAUAGUCUUUAUAAUAUGGUGGUCCAAGAAUAAGAGUGGGUAAAGCAAAAGGGAGCUCAGGGGAAAUUUAAAAUGUACAAUUUUAUUUAUAAGGUGUGUGAAGGAUUUGGUCAUCCACAAUAAGACCAUCUGUGAAGAAUAUUAUGAUUCAUAAAAUUAAUAGAAAUGUCAAAUUAAUCAUGUUAUUGUUCUUAGGAUUCAGGUACAGUAUUCCAGUCAAUUUCAAGAAUAAAAGGUAGUGGUAAAGACUGACGCAUUAGGUUGUUAUCCACUAGUAUUGUGUCUAGGGCAAUAGUUUUGAGAGGUGGUACCUUUUUUUACAUCUGGAGGGAGGAAAGUGCCUUGAGUUCCCAGAAGGCAAAACAAUGGUGGCAUGUCAGGGAAUUCAAACCCAGUACCUCUGAGUUCUGGACCAAACACCCUAGUCAUAACAUCAACAUGACGCCAUUUUAAGAAUAGUAAACUUGCACUUAAUAUCAUAAACAGUUCUGAGUACCGAAAUGUUAAUUGUAUGUAAAUGUAUAGACUAGGAUAGAAUGAUGAGCUGCAGGCAGCUAUUGGUAAUUUAUAGGAACCUUGCACACUGUCAUAAAACCAAAUUGUACCUCAUAGAUCUCCAUUAGUGUGUACAUUAUAGGGCACAUUGAGUAUCAAUGGAUUAUGACAAAAGUAUUUUAUGUCUGUGGGUAGCUGAUAUCUUUGAAUUACUUAAUGUAUAAUAUCUACUAUUUUAGUUGAAAUUUGAAGAAAAAAAAGGGUGUUGCAAAUUAUGUAUAAGGGACCAGCAUUAUACAUUUAGAAGUGGAUCUUCAUACUUGUAGUCAUUACAAUGUUAAUUGGCCAAUCUUGUUUGAGAAAAAACUUUUCCUGAAUUAGACUGUCAGUCCA